GGGAGAAGCUAGGAAAGAGAGGAGGGGGUAGGAAAGGUCGGUGGUCGAACUGCGGUCGCUAUUGGAUGGAAGGGAGUAGCAAUCAAGGGUAUAUGCCGAAUGCCAGUGGGGGAUUCGCACCGAUUGGACCUGCGCAGUUGAACCCUGCAACUAAUCCACCGCCUCCGGGUUUGUUCCCACAGCAGUUUAGCGUACCACCGGCGAUUCCGGCGACCAUGCCAGCUCAAUUCCAAGCUCCACCACAAGGCCAAUGGCCAGGGCCGCCAUGGCAUGGCAUAAGGCAAUGGCCUUCGAUCCCACAAUGGAAUGUGUCGCAGAUGCCGAUGGUGCCGUCAACGAAUCAGCAAGCCUCCGGGCAUACGAAUCAGGGGAGCGGCUCGUCCAAUCGCAAAGCAAAGGGACCUGUCGCGAAUAUGUUCCCCGGCUCCGGCAACCGGGCUUACUUCACGAAGGAGUAUAUGGAUAUCCUGGAAGGUAUCAAGAUGGAUAAAGCUCUAGACGAAGCAAAGAAGAAAAUUGCGACUUCAAGGAGAGGGGGAACUCGCAUUACGGAGCUACCAUGUGAUCGCAGCCGAAGUGAGCAUCGCACCGGAGGGAGGAGUGAGAAGUCGGAUAAAACCGACGAAAUGAAAGCGUGGGUUACCUCCACGGUGGGGGAUUCGUUGAAGUGUAUCAUUGAGAAACUGGCAGCAGUAGACAAGAAAUCAAAAUUGACAUCGGACGAGGAGGAAGAGUUGGAACGACUUAGGAAGGAGAAAACUCGUUCGGAGAAGGUUAGUACGGACUCCACAAGUAGCGAGAAGCGUAAGGGAGGAGGGGGGGUGUGCCCACCGGUGAUCAACUCACCAUCCGCGAAUCGGGUUAAGACUCGGGCACGUGGUAGUGCUAAGGGAAAAUCAAGAUCGAAACGGAUUGAUGUGUCAUCAGAACAAGAAGGGCAAGCCGGAGUCAAGCAAAAUCUUCAAGCUAAGAUGGAAGGGAGCGGCGAGCUAGGUGAUAUUAAGAAGAUGCUGGCUGCGCUAAUGCAAGGGUUGGGGGACGAAAAAGGCAAGGCGAAAGUCGUUGAGCGAGAGCCUGUUAAGUAUGCGCCCUCGGAAAGAGACGACGUGGACUUGGUGCAGAAUGCUACCUGCACUGAAGAUGAAGAAGAUGCCGAUGAUAGGGGCCUUGCAGCCUACAUAAUGCUACGCUUGGACUUCUACCAGUCUCUGCACUACUCCAAAGUGCAAGAGAUGUGUAAAUAGAAAGGUAUCCAGUAUUACCGUAAGGAAAUGGGAGCCUAGGAACUCGCCAGGCUGGACCUUCAGGAUUACGCCGAUCAGCUGAACGCUAAUGAAUCCACGGUUGUUGU